CCAUGGGAUUCUAUUUCAAUAUAUAGCUUAAACUAGUGCCAUGUUUCUUGUCAAGCAGUACAACACGAAACAACGGGGGGAACGCGGAAGAAACAGUAUGAAAAAGUUCAUCAGCUGGGGAGCAGCUCUUCUAAUUGUGCUCAUUCUCCUUGUGGCAGACUGUCCAGAGGCCGAGGCGCAAGUUUGCAGGUCCAGCGGCAAAAUUAGGGGCAAAAAGCCUCCUCCCGGAGAGUGCAACAAGGACAACGACUCUGACUGUUGUGUGGAAGGAAAGCUCUACACGACUUACAAAUGUUCGCCUAAAGUGUCUGAUAGUACCAAGGCCGUUCUUACUCUCAACGGUUUCCAGAAGGGACAAGAUGGCGGUUCCCCAUCUGAAUGCGAUAACCAAUACCACUCUGAUGAUACACCAGUCGUUGCAUUGUCAACCGGGUGGUACAACAGAGGGAGCAGGUGCCUCCAAAACAUCACCAUAACUGCCAAAGGCCGGAGUGUGAAUGCUAUGGUUGUCGAUGAGUGUGACUCCACCAUGGGAUGCGAUGACGAUCAUGAUUAUCAGCCCCCAUGCAAUAACAACAUUGUCGAUGCCUCAAGAGCCGUGUGGGAAGCAUUGCGCAUACCUCACGACAAGUGGGGCGGGUUGGACAUUACCUGGUCUGAUGUUUAGCUUUCCAAGCUCCUAUUUCAUAUCUUCUGCAUCUUCAUCCUGAUACGAAGUUCUAAACUCAUGGUUGUGUGAAGACCAAAACUGUGUGUAAUUAAUGUAUGUAAUAUAUCCACUAGGAUAUCUUGUAUCAAACCUGUUGAACCUUUCUAGAGAUCCGCCUAAUUUGUCUUCCAUACAUCUAAAUACAACAAAUUUCAU